AGAUUGGCUGGUUCGAUAAGAAAUUUGUAUCGGUAUUCAUUUUUGGUUUGUUUGUUACUGGUGUAGUUAAACCAAUUUUUUUAUUAUUUUUGGUUCGGUUUGGUUCAGGUCAGUGUGACGUUAAUAGAAAGCAAAAGUUGCGGCAAGUAUGAAGUCAACGACACUCUUUAGUAACUGAUUCUCUCUCUCUUUUACUCUCUUUGCAUCUUUUUUUUUCUUUUUCUUUUUUUUUUUGGAGAAAACUCACUUUGCAUCUAGACUCGAAAUGGCUACGAGCUUCGCGUUAGUCAAUGCAACAGGAAUCUCGUUGCCGUCGUCGUCAGGACAGAUUCGUCGGAGAUCGCACAUUGUUUCACGCAAGGAUCUUCCUGAGUUCUCUGCUAAAGCAGUCUCUUCGCCGCGGCUUAGUUUAUCUUCUGCUUCCUCAUUGUCUCAGUCUCGUAAAGAUUGUAAAGACAGCAUAGACGACAGGUUUCUUCUCUCUUCAGGUUAUGUAUCCUCUCCGAUGAGAUCGGUAAGUGUGAGAUCGCAGUUGAGUACACCUCUCAUUUCGUCCAACGAUGAAUGGGGAACAUGGACUGCUCUCUUCGCCACUGGUGCUUUCGGUAUCUGGUCGGAGAAGACAAAGGUGGGAAGCGCAGUGAGUGGUGCGUUGGUCAGCACACUGAUAGGGCUUGCAGCUAGUAAUCUUGGCAUCAUUUCUUCAGAAUCUCCUGCUUUUCCUAUUGUCUUGAACUUCCUGCUCCCAUUAGCUGUUCCUCUUUUGCUCUUCAGAGCUGAUCUCCGCCGUGUGGUUAAGUCCACAGGAAAGCUUCUCUUGGCUUUUCUCAUUGGAUCAGUUGCGACAACGUUGGGUACACUUCUGGCCUAUUACCUAGUGCCUAUGAAAGCACUUGGUCCAGAUAGUUGGAAGAUUGCAGCUGCUCUCAUGGGAAGGCAUAUCGGUGGAGCCGUCAACUACGUUGCCAUAUCAAAUGCUCUCGGAGUCUCUCCAUCAGUUUUAGCUGCGGGACUCGCUGCUGAUAAUGUUAUAACUGCUGUAUAUUUCACGUCAUUGUUUGCUAUUGGCUCCAAAAUACCUGCUGAAGUCUUACCACCACCAACCAGUGAAGAGGCAGAGGCGAAUAAAGAUUCUGAAGCUAAAAACAAGAUUCCUGUGCUACUGAUAGCUAUUGGAAUUGCUGUGUCAUUAGCUAUAUGCAAGGCAGGAGCCUUGAUAACAAAAUAUAUGGGGAUUUCGGGUGGUAGCUUGCCAGCAAUAACCGCGGUGGUUGUUGUUCUAGCAACUAUCUUCCCUUUCCAGUUUGCUCAUCUUGCUCCAUCUGGAGAAGCCAUGGCUCUAAUUCUGAUGCAGGUGUUCUUCACUGUGAUAGGUGCUAGUGGAAACAUAUGGAGUGUGAUCAACACGGCGCCGAGCAUAUUCUUGUUUGCUUUGGUCCAAAUUGGGACACACCUUGCUGUGAUAUUGGGUGUAGGGAAGCUGCUCAACAUUGAGCUAAGGUUGCUGCUUUUGGCAUCAAAUGCUAAUGUUGGAGGACCUACUACUGCAGCUGGAAUGGCCACGGCAAAGGGAUGGAACUCGUUGAUCGUUCCCGGGAUUUUGGCUGGAAUAUUCGGGAUUGCCAUUGCAACCUUCAUAGGGAUUGCAUUUGGAGUGAAAAUUCUCAAGUUCAUGUGAAAAUUGUGGUAUGGCUAAAUGGAUUGGACUCUCUGCUCUCUCUGUAUCUCUACAUUAACGAGGAAAACAAGUCAUCUCCAAUAAAAUAUCGAGUCUUUGUGUUGCAAUGAAUGUUUCCUUAUUAAGGCUAUCAUGCUAAACAGAGAUGUAAAAUGCUGACGGUUGUAGCAAUACUUGAGUCUCAAAAUAAUGUAGUAUUGGUAUUGGAAAAGA